CCGCGGAGGCGGCAGGCGGCUGGUCGCGCGGUUCCGCCAGCCAGCGGGAGCGGCGGCGGCGGCGCGGGGCAGCAUGAGGGAGACACUCGCGUGGGUUCUGCCAUGAUGACCGUUCCAGUCGCUGAGCUUGGAUGAGGCCAGUACAUUAUGUACAGUGUAGAAGACCUCCUGAUUUCUCAUGGAUACAAGCUGUCAAGAGAUCUUCCGGCACCACACGAGGGUCGCCAGCCAGCGAGGGCGAGAGAGAGAGUGGGUCAUGGCUUGCUGAACGGAUGUGAGGAUGCCCCUGCUGCCUUCCCGCACAGUAAGGCGUCCCUGGGGACAAGACAUGUGAGUGAUUCUGAAAAUGAGCACCAUGCACUGAGAGCCCGAGGAGAGCCCCAGAGCGCCUCUGCUGCCAGGAUGUCUGAGGAGGGGUUUUAUCAUCAACCCAGGCUGGCGUGGUUCUCUCAGCACCAAAGUGGUCACAACCAUGCCUAUUGGAGAAGAGGACAGGAGGUCGGUGGCUUGCUGGCUCCGAGAGACCGAGAAGACCUGGAGGUCAGAGAAGUGGCCCAAGCCCACAGUCUGCCCAUCCACACGAGAGAGGGUUCAUGGGAAGUUGGAGGAAGGACAGAGAAUGUGAUGAAGAAGGUGGUUUGGGAAGAAGAGCUGAGAAUGGGGGGCCCUGACAAGUGGCAGAAUGUAAGCCUGGAAAGCUGGAACCAUACAAGGAAAUUAGGAAGACAGAUGUCUGAUGGUGAUGGGGAGAAACGGUUUCAAGAUCUGUACCCAUUCAUGCGAGGAGAACAGGUGUUAAAUUCUCAAAGCAAAGGGAAAUCCCAGUCACUGCCUAGAGUUCUCUCCCCUAAGAGCCUGAGUUGCAUGGAAAUUCCGUUAAGUGAUGGGUAUUUAACAGAUGUUUCUAGAAUGCCAUUUUUUCCUCCAGAUUGUGCACCGAAUUUGGAAUCCACAAGGAACCCUGAGAAGGGUGGCUCCUCUAUCUCCUUACCAUGGCCAAAAUUUGGGAGACCCCUCAAGCCUCCCUCCUAUGACUCCCACCAACACUCCAGGGCGGGAGUGGAAAACAGCGACCAUCUGGACAGCCAACAGGCAGACCUGAGUGUUUCCUACAGGCAGGAGGUCUGCCUGCCCGACUCUGGUUUGGAGCCUCCAGUGUACGUGCCUCCGCCAUCGUAUAGGUCACCACCCCAGCACAUCACAAACCCCUAUGUGGAGGAUGUGGCCCCCAGGCAUGUGUAUGAUGGUCGCCGUCAUCCAAUUGAGGAGGCUGCUGCCAGCUUUCAGCUUCCUUCUGGUUCCCUUGGGACUGGAAAUGAGUUCCUGAAACAGCCCCAUCCCAUCACUGCUUACGAUGGCUCUGUUCAGUAUAUUCCCUUUGACGAUCCACGGAUCCGACAUAUUAAACUGGCCCAACCCCAGGGUUUCUGUGACAAAACAAAGGUAGAUGAGAAAUUGUAUAGCUCUGGUCCAGUCUCUGCCCCAGAGCCAGCUCAUGGAAGCAUGCAUCAUGAUGGUGCCGUUUUAAACCCACAGAGCAUCAUGCCAGCAUCAGAGAGAGAGAGAGCCCCUGUCCUUGCCAAUCCCAGUCCCCCAUGGCUGUGGGGCCAGCUCCCCAGGGAUGGAGAAAAUGGUGGCUUUCCUGACCAGAGAGACCACUGUGUUAUGAGAGGACAGUGGCCUGACGUGAGAGGCAGCCAACAUGGACAAGCAGAAAGCCAAGUCUCCUCCCCAAACCCACAGGGCAAGAGUACCUGUGAAACCCAAACCAAGCUCAAAAAGUUUGAAACUGGGAUUAAGACCAAGAAAAGUUCAAAGAAAAAAAUGAACGAGACGAUAUUUUGUUUGGUUUCUAUCCCAGUGAAAUCAGAAUCACAUCUGCCAGAUAUAGAUAGGAACAACAAUGACUUAAAACAGAGUGCUGAUAAGAAGCAUGGGCUUGAUAAGAGCCCAGCUCUGCAAGAACAAAGUCUGCUGAGCAUGUCUUCCACCGACCUGGAGCUGCAAGCUCUCACAGGAAGCAUGGCUGGGAGAACAGAGUUUCAAAAACAAGAUCUGGGGGAACCAGAAGAAGACAAACAAACAGAUGACCUCAGAUUCAUUCACCCCAUGAAACACAGAGUACUCCAGUAUUCUGGCUCGUGGCCAGGGCACCAGUACAAAGAUCAGCAAACACAAACCACUUUCACAGAAGAAUCCAAAAGCCCGCAGCCCCUCCCUGCUAAGUCAGGAGGGUCACCUAAUGCAGUGCUGACUCCAAAUUUUCUGGACCCUCCUGCCUCCGAAGCUCAGAUGCACACAACAUUAGCUUCCAGUGACCAGAACCAGAAGCCAAGUGUUCAUCAUCUAAAAGGUCAAGUGUCCCUCAACCCUUCUAGCUACAGUGCUUUUUCAAGGACUUCCUUACUCAGAAACCAGGCACCUAUGCCAACAGUGGACCAGAGUCAGCCCUGCAUGGAUGACCGUGGACGUGCACCCAGUCCUGUGUCCAGAGGCGAGGUGGUGAAGGGGGCAACCACAGGUCCAUGCAAUAGUCAACAGCUGUUUGGUCAAUUUCUUUUAAAGCCAGUUAGCCGUCGUCCAUGGGAUUUGAUAAGUCAGUUAGAAAGUUUUAAUAAGGAGCUUCAGGAAGAGGAAGAGAGCAGUCAGAGCAGCAGUAGCAAUGAGAGCAGUGAGACAGGAUGGCAGCCAGAAGGCCAUGCUGGCUGCACACUCAGGAAUCUGGGCUUCACUGGGGAGAGCCAGGAAAGGAGAGGGAAGGAACCGCCAAGGGGGGUGGUGCCGGAGGAGCCUGUGUUUAGGUCGGGAAGAGUUAAGAGUAAGUCUGAGAGUUGGAGUGAGGAGCAGAAGCCUGCCACCUGCCACCAGGGUGCUCGUCCUCAGUACCUGGGCCCCUUGCAGGUGGAGGACAGCAGAGGUGAAGCGUUGCUGUCAACACGGGGAAGCUUGAUUACAGAGAGGAGAAACCAAGAUGUCGGGACAAGAAUAAAAGAGCUAGCAGUCAGCCCAAGACCUGUGAAAAGAAUAACAUCUUCUAGGUCACGUGACACUGUGUCCUCAUCUGCUUCAGCUGAACUGAGAGAGCCCCAGGAAGGGCAGGAGCUCCCCAGUGCUGUAAAGUCUGUGGAGCCCAGCCAAGCAGCCCCUCCCACACCUGGUGGUGGGGAGGAGAGGAGCACGGUGGGCCCCCUCUCUCUUGCCAGCAAACCUUUCGGACUCUCGGUACCAGACUUGAGGUCCGUGGGGCUGACUCCAGCACAAGAGUGGAGUGCCAGUAAGUUAGAUGGGUCUUCAGGUGACAAGAGUGCAAUAGAAAUCCCCCCAAAUGAGUCCCUUCAAAUGAGGGCUGCGAGGAUACUGGGCAUCGAGGUGGCCGUGGAGUCCCUGUUGCCGGGCACCAGGAGAACAGGACAUAACCAGCCCUCUGAGCCUGAUGGCAGUGCCCGAAGGUUGGUGUCCCCUAGGGAGGAACCAGUGUCCAGUCCAGCACAGCCGGAUGAGCCCACAGUUUCCAAUGAUGCCUUUUAUGGCAGGAGAAAGUGUGGCUGGACCAAAAGCCCUCUGUUCGUAGGGGAAAGGGACAGUGCCCCGCAGGCUCCAAGGACUUCUGAACUCUCUGGUGUGGACAGGGUCGUCCCCAGCAAGGCCACUGACCCAGAGUCUCAGCCCAGUGACUUGGAGUCCUUCAAUCACAAGGGCAUGGGGACAGAACCAUCCUUCAGGUCCACUUUGUUCCAUUUUAUAGAAAGGGCUCCAAGUGUGGCAGGCUCAGAAAAGAGGCUCAGAAGUACUUCCAAAGUGAUUGAAAGUUUACAAGAGAAACUGGCUUCCCCCCCCAGGCGAGCCGACACUGACCGCUUGAUGAGGAUGAAAGAGGUGAGCUCCAUGUCUCGGAUGAGGCUCCUGAGCUCCUGGAGCACUGACUCCGUGGAGGAUGCUGAGGAACUGAAGGCUGAGAGGGGCCCAGGAGCUCAGCCAAGAGGCCUGGUGUCUCUGACCACUGGGGACCUGGCCCGGAAGGUGGGAAAUACAUUCUCUAUCUCCAAGAGCGCACUCUCACUGGAAGAAAAUGGGCAUCUGGAACCAGGAAGGGAGAAGAACUUGGAUCGGGACUUCUGGUGCCCAGGUGAGGAGUCAGAUUCGUAUGACCCUAGCAGAGUGGAGCGGGUGUGAUGAGAUGCCAGUGAAGUGCAUCCACCAUAGUUGCAAAUUGAGUGUUCUGUAUCAGCUGGAAACUGCUGGCUGUUAGUGCUCUGUGGUAUCACUACCCCUGCUACCAGGAGACUCGUCAUGCCUUCAGAAUCACUUUGUGGAAGUAAAGAAGUAGUCCAUUGAAACUAUCUGUUUUUACAAAUGAAGAGUUAAUACCUGUGUUUAGAAGAGUCACAUGGACUCUCCUGCAUGAUGGAUUUAGCCAAACUGGUAAAAUGUUUGGUGUUAAUCUGCUUCUGUGACAAUUUGAACAUGGACAAUAGAGUGAAUGAUUUUUGAAAUGACUGUGAAUGUCAUAAAUUCCCUUUCACAUCUCCAGGGCCUAUGGUCCAUGCUCAUGUAAAGGAAUUUGGGACAGCGUUUCUGCACUUUGAGUUUAAGGGAAAUGUGAAUGACUAUAUCUGAUCCAUUUCUAAUAAAUUUGGCCUUUUGCUGCUGGAAGUAACUUCACUUAUAAGUAACUUGCCAUCAGAGACUAAAAGCAAUAUCUUUUUAAGUUCCUAAAAGAUUAAAACUUACUAUAACGUACUAAGAAUAUAAUUUAUCUUGUAAUGAAAUAUUUUGCUCAUUUGCAAACAUGCCAUGUCUGCUUUGCACUCAGUAUUAUCUAUUUUUAUUUUCUGUAUGGACGUUUAGAAAUUCUUUAUAUGAAAAAUAAUUGCUGGUUUAAAAUAGACCAUUUUAACAAAGUAACUAUAUUUCUUUUUACAAAAAAGCUAUUUUUCUAUGAUGUAAACAGUUGUUAGAUGGCAGAUUUUUAAGGGAGUUUUAUUUUAUUUAAGAAUCUGUAUCCCUUUGUGUGAGAGAGACCCACAGAGGGUUCACAUCUGCUUUAAAGCACAUAUCCCUUACCCGCUCACAACUUGGCUAUUUUUAUUUUAUCUUAGAAAGAGAUCUCAAUAUAGACAUUUUACAGGAUUAAAUAAACUUUUCACAAAAGUUUUUUUUUUUUUACAAAUAUAACUAUAAGGUUAUAUGUGAAAAUAAUCCUCUCAAAACCAGCCAAUGUCCACAAUUUUUGCUGCCAUAUCCACUAGAAUUACCAAAAAGUGUAGUUUCAUUUUUGUAUAUCUAUGGGGGUCUGCCCUGAGACCAUGCUUUUCUCCCCCCACCCUUUAAAAAUAUGUAUUUUUAUCUAGAAUGAUCCUUACUUAAUCUCUGCAUAUUUUAAAAAUGUGCUAGAGACAUAUAUAUGCCAUUACAAAAGUAUUAUGAGGCCUAUGUAUUCUACUGUGUUUACUAUUGCAUUAUCCUGCACAAAGUUUAUGCAUUUUUAUGCAUUUGUCUCUUCUUUCUAAGUAAGGUAUUCUUGUUAGCUAACAUUUCCUGAAUGGGUUCUUGUCUACACCCUUCCUCCCUUUCUCCCUCCCUCCCUUUUCUUCCCUUCCUUCUUUUUCUUUUUCUUUUUUAAAUCUCUCUCUCUCUCUCUCUCUCUCUCUCUCUCUCUCUCUCUCUCUCUCGGCUUUUUUUCCUUCUUUCCUUUUCUCUCUCCCCCCCCACCCUUUUUUUUUUUUUUUUUUGAGAAACCACCUGAUCUAUUUUUAGACAUUUCAGAUUCCUAAAAUGUGAAUUGUUGGGUGGUCUGCAAUUUGGCCCUAAAACAAUUCUGACUGGGCUUUCCUGGCCUGUUUUUAUCUGUAACAUAUGAUUUUAUGUCAUAAGAACUUCAUGUAUUUGGACUGUAAUAAACAAUACAGGAUCUAAAUAAUUCUGAAAAAUCAUUUCGAAUACACUUAUCUGUAGUCUUGGUUCCUACCUAUUACUCAUAGCCACUUCUUUCCUGAUUUUUGGCUUUUGUGAAAAGUUGUAGUAGGCUCUUGUUUUCACAACACAAAGAGAAGGGCCAAGUGACUGCUAGGCAUAGCUUAGAUUGUUUUUCCCAGGAAAAAUUUAGUGAGUAAGAGGUUUAUUACUCUGUCAUGGUCAGUGAAUCACUUAAGUAAUCUGGUAGAACUAAAUGAGGGCAGUUACAUGUUUCCCUCUUUAAAUGCAAGUGAAAUGCAUAUAUCUGCAUAUGUUUAUAUAUAUACAUAUAUAUAAAUAUAUGCAGAUAUAUAUGUACAUAUACAUAUAGACACAUACAUAUAUACAUACAUAUAUUUGAACUGUGUUCUGACUUCCUUCUAAAUUUUGUUGAUCCCAUAUAAAGACUUCUUUUAAUGAAAAGAAUUAAAUUUUAGUUUAUUCCUCACGAGAAAGAAGAAUCCUAAAGAGAAAAAAAAUUAAUGUACCUUAUGUUUGAUACUUUUAUUUUGUUUUAUUCUAAAUUAUUAUAGUUUUCUGAAACCAUUCUGAAUUUAGUUGAAAUUAUCAAUAUUUAUACUUCUAACUUUCAUUUCUGGAUUCCAGCUUGAAUAUAGUAACUUUGAAAAUUUGACUUUUAAACUUGUGUAUUCUAAGAUAAAUAAUACAGUCUAAUCAGAAAUAGCUUUCCCAGAGGUUUUGAAUUUAAUGAUAGUUAUUCUUUUAUUACUUCUAUUGCUCAUACAUACAUACCUCUUUGUUAUUAGUUGUGGCUGAAAUUUUUUUUUUGUAUUUUGUGUUUGUCAUUGUUUUUCUCAUAUGUUUGACUAACUUUUGGUGUUUAAUAAUUUAGGGCUUAUAAAAUUAAAUUAAAAGUUCUAAUUUUGACCAUUUGAACUAAAAAUUAUAUGAGGAAUUAUGUAUGAAAUGUAUUUGUAUUUCUUAAUUGUAAAAGUAGGGGAAAAUAUUGGUAUAUAGCUCUAAUUACUUCUUUGAAGAAAAUUUCUGAAUGAUUGAAAACCAAAUAUCUUUAUUAACAUUUUCAAUCUUUCGUUUCUGCAAACCACAGAAAACUUCUUAGAAGUGCAGCCCCUGACUGCAGGUUCAGAAUCCUUUUCCAUGGUGUUUCUAACUUUGGGUUUUCUUUUUUAAAAGUCACUUAAAAAUGUGUCUACUCUGAGAUCCUGGUGUCCAUACUAGAAAUGUAGGUUGAGGUUUUGAUUCAUUUGGAAAAUCUAAGUAGAACUUUUGCUACUCAAAGUUCUGACUGUUGGUGAAGGGUUGGUGUUAAUGCAAGUUCAAGUGCAUAAACUCCAAUGAUUGUAAAACUAGACCCUGGCCAUUUUUUGUGACAGUAAAAGGAUUACUCUGAUAGAAGUUUGGUUUAAGGGCUUCUGAGGGGAAAUGCUGAGCCCUAUCCACAACUGACACAACUACUUCCCAGCUCUGAGCAGAAGAGACCAAUGGAAGAUAAGAUUAACCCACAUUUCAUCUGGUCCCCAAGGAUUAUGUUUAUGUGUUUUGGCUAUUUUGUUGUUUUUUUUUUUGUUUAAAAUGGUUAAAUAAUACACAGUUAAGUAUCAGGUUAGCAUCUUGCAAAGUGACCAGUGCAGCAGAAUUUUCUCUAAAUAUCUGAGCUUAGAGAAACACUUCCAGUUUUCUAAGUUUUUGUAGGCAGUUACUUUUGUGUUUGGGCCAUUGUUCUGCUAGAUCAUCUGCAGGAGGCAUGAAGUGUAAGGGAUGGAGUGAGGGAUGGGAGUGUGUUUCUUGAACUGAAGCUGUUAGAGUAGGCUUAGGGGGGAGAUGCAUUUUUUGUUAUGCUUUUCAUUGCAGAUUCUGUACAUCUGUUUGUGGGAGGAGAGCUGCUACUCAGGACAGGAUUUAAGAGACACAUUCCAAGUGACCUUUAAGAAUCUGCAUGGUGGGAGGUCCUUUUCCAAAACUCUGGGUUGGUCCACUGUGGGACUCACCCAGGGAAGAUGAUAAAAUAACAUUAAAGAAAGAAUGGUCCCCAGCCUGCAUGUUAAGGAGUGAUUAAGACUGCAACUCAGAUUAAAGUCCUUUGGAAAGAUCUGUAUGGUCUAGCAAACUGCCCGUGGAAACAAUCCUUAAGUUCAUCAGCAGGGCCGCGAGAUGGGCAGUGCAGCGAGGUGGGCAGAGUGCGCCUGUGCGCACAUUCCUGGCUUUGACUUUUGAGAGCCCCUGUCAAAGCUGUGUUUAGUACAGGGGACAAGAAGGACCUUGUGCUGUGGCCUCUGACUGAAACUUUAACCCAAAGGCAAGACUGGCUAUUUGUCCCAAUGCCUUCAUUUGGGGUGAGGAGGGGCGCUCCCCCAACUAGUAGUCCCUUUCCCCUGUGGAAGCCAGAGGGGCAGCUGAAUGUCUUCAAGGAGCUCUUGUAUUUCUCUGCAUAAUGUAAAGACUUGUUAUUUUAGGAUGACUGACCUGCUCAGUGACACACAUGUUCCAAAUAAAGAUUUUGCAUGAAAGUA